UCCCACCCCUGCAACAAUCAAACAGACUCAGCUCUUUGCAGAAAAACACAGGAGAAGCUGAGGAGCUAUGGGUUUAUUUUUACCUAUGUUUACAAUGAGCACUUCAAGACCUCUAAGGUAAGAGGUUCUCUGAGGAUCCUGGUGGAGUCACAGUCCUUAGUAAACCCCUAGCCUUUUCAUUCGCUGCUUUCAUCUGGCUCAAGUCAUGGAUCUCACUUUGUGGCAGUAUCAGUUUCGAAUCAUCAUGCUAGGAGACUCCACGGUGGGCAAAUCAUCCAUGUUGAAGCGCUACACUGAGGAUCUGUUUCUGGAGUGCAUCAACCAAACAGUCGGAGUGGACUUCUAUGUACACUUCCUAGAGGUGGAACCUGGGGUGAGGGUCAAACUGCAGUUCUGGGAUACAGCUGGUCAAGAGAGGUUUAGGUCUGUGACCCGCUCCUACUACCGUAACUCGGUCGGAGGUCUUCUGGUGUUCGAUCUGGGCAACCGCAAAUCUUUUGAAAAUGUGCGGCAGUGGUAUGCAGAGGUGUGUGAACGUGUGCAACCCUACACUGUGCUCUUUGUGCUGGUGGGACACAAAAGUGACCGGGUCAAAGCUGGAGAGCGAGCCGUGGACCGAUCUGAGGCCGAAAAGCUCGCAAGCCAACUGGGAGCGGUGUACAUCGAGGCCUCAUCAAAAACAGGUCACAAUGUGAAAGAGGCCUUUGAACUCUUGACCCGGAGGGUGUAUCAGGGCAUAAAAAGUGGAGAGAUCCAGUUGCGUGAUGGAUGGGAUGGAGUCAAGAGCUCAGCACCUACAGCCCAAACACUCCAGAAGAUACAAAACAAUGAAGCCGCUGAGGAAAACAAGAGCUGUUCUUGUUAACUUAAUAUGUGUAGAUCCCUGAAAUUCAUGAUUAACAUCAUGCAUAUGUAAAUUUAAUUUCCAAAUGUUUGUUCGUAUUUCUGAGAUCAGCAUUGGAUAAAGGUGUCUUUAUUUA